AUGGUACCAAAGAGGACGUUGAUGAGAGAUUCAAUUGACGAAUGGUCCUUAUUGGAGAAUGACUGUAAAUUGCCAAUCAUUGCACCGGAUGAGGCGGACCUUCGUAAUUAUAUAGAACAUUAUGGGUAUGAAUGCCCUAAGCCAAUUCACUGUAAUACUAACCAACCAAACAUAGUCUUUCUCGAUGCCAAUGGAAAAAUUGUUGUCAAUAAAGAAUUGGAACAAUGGCGAAGACCCUCUGUUCCACAUUUCAAAUGUUUCUAUCGCGCAAUUGGUGGUGCACUUUUCCCAAAUAUUACAACCUAUGAAUGGUUAACUGAACAGAUUGAAAUUCCAUUAAAUGAACCGACGAUAGUACCGUACGAACAAUUUGUUGUCCAGUGUUACAAUAAGACCCUUAUCGCUUUAAUAAAUGAUAUUCCACAAUAUAACGAUUCGAAAAUUUAUGAACGAGCUUUUGCAACGUUUCCUAGAAAAACUAAAGCGGAGCGGCCAUCGUUAAGCAUACUCGUAUUAGAUUCAGUAGCUCAUAAUCAAUUCCUUAGGCACAUGAAAAGAACUCUUACGUUUAUGAAAAAAAUUGGAUUUGUUUUUCUUGAAGGUUACACAAAGAUUGGCGAUAAUUCUGCUGUGAAUCUAUUGCCUGUAUUAGCAGGCAAAACAAUUUUACCUCAAAUAGGCGGCAAUGGUGAAGAAGUUGUAGCAAAUGGAGAAAUUGUUGAUUUAGAAUCCGAACAAUUCCUAUGGAAUUUUAUGAAAGAACAAAGAUGUAUAACGAUGUUAAAUGAUGAUAUACUGGAUUUGCGAAGAGGUCUGUUCCAUUAUCCAAGAGAGUCAUUCGUUGGAUUCAAGCAAUCUCCUACACAUUAUUAUUUUAGACCGUUUCAUUUGUUCAACACGCGUCAUACAAUCAGGCCGGGUGGGCAAUGUACCAGUAGUGGACAGACAAACGUUGAAAGCUACCUUGAUAUAUGGGAAUCAUUUUCGAUGAAAUUCAAAAAUAUCUGUCAUUUUUCAUUCAAUUUCCUGACUGGAUUAACGCAUGAUGAGCCAAGUUUUGUCGAAGCAAUCGAUAAAAGCCUUUCAACUGCGUUAAAACGAUUAUUCGCCUCAGAUUUGAUGGAAAAUACAGUUUUUGUGAUAAUGGGUGAUCAUGGAAAUCGCAUAUCAAGCAUUCAGCGGUCAUAUGUAGGACGAAUUGAAGAAAGAAGCCCACUGUUUACAAUAAAACUUCCUGAAAAAUUUACCCAACUUCACUAUAAUAAGUAUCAAAAUUUAUUGCAGAAUUCUAAACGUAAUUUCGACAUAUAUCAAACUCUGAAAGAUAUUGCUAAAGGCCAAUUCCGAAGAAAUCGACCUUACAAGCAGCGAAAAGGAAGAGGUAUAAGUCUUCUUGAUGAAGUUGUCAGCACGAAACGUACUUGCAGCGAUGCCGGUAUACCACCGAAUUUUUGUUUGUGCAUGGAUUCACAACCGUUGGCCGAAGUUUCGAAACAUCAAAGCAGCACUCGAAAUAUCCUUCCUGGAGAUGCAUUAACAUAUUAUUACGAGCGAAGCGUUAUGCAAAGAAAGGAAUGA